AUAUGUGGCAGUACCUGAUCAACUGCGACUAUCCAAAUGACAAGUGCUAGUUUUUGUUUGAUAUUUCUUACGAAAACUAGCAAAAAAAUUUAUAAACAAAGAUCUACCGCCACCAAAUUUUCAAGGGAAAAGACCGAGCGGACUCGAAGACUGUGCGACACUUUCCGGUGUUAUGUGUGUUUGUCAACCCAAACAAAACUCUGACAGCAAGGUGUACAUUAAUAGAAUUCAUUUACUGAUAUACUUCUCUUGAGAUUCAAUUUUUCCGUCAGUAUAUCGCAUCUUUUCCGGCUUUAUUCCUGAAGCAGAUCUUCAAAAACAGAACAUAAAUGGUGGUUUUGAAGUGAAAAACUUAUACGGGUCUAGAUUUCGCCGGAUUCUACAUGCGUGGAAAUCUCAAAUGACAGGUAAUGGAUAGAGAAACUUCAUAUAACACAGCUUGUAGAUGUUAACUAAACUGCUGACAAGAAGACGUUGCAUCAGAGCUAUCCGCCAACUGCAAGUCGUCUUUUCUCAUUGUCUUCAUUUUCUACAGCAGUGCUGUCACACAUUCAUCAUGAAUAUUAAGGAUGCAAGAGCGAAACUUACUGUGGUAUAUCUGGGGUACCUGUCUGAUGUUAUGCUAACUGUUGCCCUGGCACUUGGGCUGUACACAGAAUGGACAAACUCCAGUAACACUAUAGUUCUCAUGAUAUCCUUAUGUGGAUUAUUUGUGUUUGUGAUCUCCUGUGCAUUGCAAUAUUACUUUAAUUACAGUUCUCUAGGUAAGGCUCUGCUUCACAUCUGGCUUGGAUGUAUUCUUGGUGUGAUAACGUUCAAUGAUUCUCAGGAAUACCAGUACGAAACCCUGCAAGAAUCCAUGGACAUCUUGUUAGUGACUAGUGCCGUCUUCGGAUGGUUCUGGAGCAUCUGUGAACGUUUCAUACAAACGAAAAAGCAUGAUGCCUGUAUGUUUUCAUCAACAGAAUGUUUAGAAAGUUUAGGAUUAAUAAUAGGAUCUCUCGUUAUAGGAACAGUAGAUUCAAUAGCUAUCUCACUAUGCAUUGUAGCAUUUAUACUGAAUCUCGCUGCCAUUAGAUUGAAGUCCUUACUUGGAAUUUUAACAUUAUUAUCAUUAUUUGCUGUCGUGAUACUUAUUUUUCUGCCCCGUUUGACUAGUGUGAAUGAUAGCGGAGUUCCUAGGACUGUUAACAUAUAUGGUUUGAUGUGCUUUGCUGGCCGCCAUUUAUUUGAACCCAUUAUCGAUCUUUAUUUUUCAAGUCUUUCAACACUUGAAAGAUGGCAGGCAUUCUUUACAAAAUCUGGCUUUACAAGAAGAUUAGUCAUAACUUCUAUUUUUUUAUUGAAUUUAGUGUCAGGUGCAGUGAUUGGUCGAUUAUCAGCCAAUCAUAAAGAAUGGUUUGUUGUUGUUCCAUUGUUCACAGUAUUUGCUAUAUUUUGGCUUUGCUUCCAUAUUUUAUAUCUAAUUACAACAUGGAAGCUGAUGAACAAGAUAACAGAAUGUAAUUUAACGUAUAACAGUUUAGCAGAGGACAAUCGCAGCAUGAACAGGAUCAUGGCUUCAAAGGGGAUACGUCACUUUAGUCUUAUAUCUAGAAGGAUCAUCUUCCUGACGCUAAUAACAACAGUAUUGUUAAUGGGAGUUGGCUGGGAAACCAAAACUAAUUACAGCAUUGGACUCGUCAUGACUAUACUACCUAUAGAAGCAGUAACAUUGAGCCUGUUUUGGGAACUUGGAGAUAACCUGGGUGGUACAUGUACAGGAUAUGCACUCAUAGCUCCACAUACAGGGCAACGGUCAGGCGGAGGAACCAAGUUACUGUCAGCUGUGAAUGUACAAGAAAUAGGGUCGAGAGCAACUGUCACUCUUAACAAGAUUCAGCAGUUCUUUAGUUUUAACAUGAUAGACAACUAUGGAUGUGACUUUUCAUCUAGUGGAAUUACAGAGGACUAUCUCAAGUCAAAGGUGACUCAGUUCUUUGACAGGAGGACAGGGGAUGGUCCCAGAUAUGACACAUAUUUACUGUACUAUUGUGGUGAUUGUCAUGACUCCGGAGACUGGGCAUUAACAGGAAAUGGAAACUUGAAAUUUGACACAUUAAUGGAAUGGUGGUCUCAGAAGAACGGAGAUUCUGGUUCCCGUUUAAUCAUUGUCUGUGAUACUCAGCAUUCAUGGCGCUGGGCUCAAGAUGUUUCCAAAAUAGAUGACAAUUUUGUGGCUUUGCAAACUUGUAAAUUUACACGAAUGCCCGAUCCAGAAUUCGGUGACAAGUUGACGGUUGGUACUUUUACUGAUGACUGGGUAACUUAUAAUCUCACUGAUGAUAUAGAACCUGCAUGGUCUGAUAAGGACAGAAUUAUUCGGUCAGUUUACAAAGUCUCAAAGAACUGGACAAAUUUUGUGUUCCACUUGCCAACACCGGAGGAUAUAGAAGACCAUUGGGAGAGCAACUUUCCAAAAUUUACAAAGCCAUUGAUCAAAGGUGUGAACUUUUUUGAAACUGGAGGUUUGUGCUGCUGUUGCGACGGUGUUCGGCGAUGUGUAAAACGUAAAAGAAUGCAAUGGCUGCCACCUAAGGCAUGGGAAACAGGACAUGGUUUUAAACUUGUCAGGUCUUAAACUUCAUGUAUUGGCAUUUUACAUGGUUAUACAAUCAUUUUGAUAAAACUUGUUUUUAGUUCAUUUUGACAACAGUGUUUUGAUAUCUUUUUCAUUUAACAAACUUAUAUUCAUGUAUUCACACUGUUUUUACAAUAGUCCAUAUAUGAUAUCAAGUGAAUGUUUAUUUAUUUAUAACAUUUGUUUAUUGUGUUGCACAUUUGUGAUAGUAGGUGACCAUUAAUGUUUUCAGGAUAGUAGGUCAAGGUCACAGUGAAGUCUGACUCAAGGGGUUUUAUGAUCAAUUCCUGGAGAACACAAGAGUCUAAAGUCAUCAGACCUUAAAGGGUGAUUGUCAGUGGUCAGAAGAUUUCCCAAAUUGUUUUAGGGGUCAGUAGGUUAGAGGUCAAGGUUAAGUGACCAUUAAGACUAGAAAUUGUUUCUGAUCAAUAAAUUUAGACAUUUUCUGUCUAGGGCUGUCAUGCUUUAAAGGAUGAUUGUAUGAGGUCAGUAAAUAAUCUCUACCAUUUGGGGGUCAGUAGGUCAAUGGCCAAGUGGGCUGAAAACAGUUUCAUAUCAGUUACUGGAGAACUGCCUCUGGUCAAGAUGAACCCAGCUGCUUUUGAGGUCAGUAGUUGAAAGGUCAAGGUCACAAUGUGUCCAUGAAUAACUUGUCAUGCUUUAUUUGAUGAUUGUAUUUUUUGUCAGUAGAAGAGCCCGAGCCCGGUUACUUUCAUGAUCAUUCUGGCUAAAGUCAAGGUCACAUCAUAUUAAGACUGAAGAUAAAGUAGUUAGAUAUCUCUUUCAGACCUUCAAAGUGAGCAUCUUUGUUUUACAAACAGCUCUUGUAUUAAUUUUUGUCACUGUUCUAGAUUCAUAUGUUGUUAUAUAGUGAAUAAUGGCUUAAACAUUUUUACAAAAGAGACAACAGCUUCAUUUCAGUAACAGAUUUAAAGUCAAUUCCAAUUUUUCCAAUUUUCGUUUAAUUCAAUUUAUUUUAUGCACAUGAUUCAAAGAGUUUUAUUGGCAUUAGUCAGAAGUAAAAAGUUAAAAAGUUUAAAAUUCAAGACAUUUUAUCAGAUUCUCUAUUAUGAGGUGUGUUACAUGGAUGAAUGAUUGUCAUUUGAAUUGCCUUUUUUCAGAAAAAUUCAGAAAGAUGUAUUUUUUCUUUAACAAUGUUGAAAUUUUUUUCAGUUCUGCAAUAAAGGUAUUUCUUGGUUUCCCUUUGUCUUCAGUAUACGGUAUGACUAUAUACUGGUUUUAAAGCAUAAGAAAUGUCAUCCAAUAAAAAAAAUUUGUUUUGAUCGACAAAUUUGAAAAAAAUUAUACCGUCAUUGUAUGAGUAUAAGAGGCACUUUUUUACCGAGAUUCUGGUCAGGAAGGACCGAUGCGACCUAUACACAGGUAUAGAACAAGACCACAUUUUUUCCCCAACUCAAAAAUAAGAAAAUCGAUCUUUGUUUACCCCGCACUAUCUUUGUUUACACCGUGUACCUUUACAUUGAAGAGAAUUCAAGGGGAGUAACUACCUAUGAUUCAGGCAUAGCUAACAGCCGGUAUCGGGACCUGGCGUCUUAAAUUUGUAUUAAAUGUAAAAUUAAGAGCUCGCAUAAAAACUUUAGAUAAAUAAAUGCUGUUUUUCAUUAAAAUGUAUUUUACAACUCAUCAAGUUUUUAACAAAACCUGUGUAAAAUUUUCCCAUGUGUUUUCACACAUUUUGCAAUAAAAUAUUUGAAACUCCAUAUCAAGUAGCCCGGAAAUCAAUAGUCUAGUCUUCAAACAUAAUUUUGAUAUUUGUCUAUAAUCCCCUUGUUCAUCGAUAAAUUCACGCCCAAGGCAUUAAUUAUCUUACCACCUACUGUCACAAUCUGCAAACAAUUAACCAUUUAAUCAUUAUAUAUAACCCGGGGGCAAUUGUAAACACGUGCAUGCGAGAUUUUAGACUGAUCCAAUAACAUCAUAGUCGCUGAUCCGUAGUGUUCAAAAUCAUUUGAAGUCAUUCUACCGCAACCUGCCAAAGAGUACUUUUGUUUUUGCUGGCUUCAGUAUUUAUGGAGCAAUCAGGAUGUGGCAGUUUAAUGCUUACACCUAGUUUAUGCUUUUCAAUUUAAAUACUUGCACAACAUGCAAAAAAAAUUGACCAUGAUUAAGCAAAAAUUGGCAAGUUCAUGUUUUAACAGUUAAAAUUGCCUAUAUUUCUAAGAAAGAAAAAAACACUAUAGAAACCAUGCAAAACUAUAGAGAAUUCCGGACUAACAUAAAUUCGGAUAAGUGAAUUUUAUCAGAUAAAUUGCAAUUCAUACUACCCUAAGGAUUUUGCAAGUUUAUAAAAAUUGAUUGACAUUCCUUUUGUGAUACUGCAAUUAAGGUAUUAGGCCCCUAAUAGUAAUGUUUAAAAAAUGGCAUUUGCUUGGUAUAUUGUUACAGUUGACCGUGCUUCGCACUUUGUUGCAAAUUUUUAAAAACUUUUACCGUGCCGUUUUUUAGCUCACCUGUCACAAAGUGACAAGGUGAGCUUUUGUGAUCGCGCGGUGUCCGUCGUCCGUCCGUGCGUCCGUGUGUCCGUAAACUUUUGCUUGUGACCACUCUAGAGGUCACAUUUUUCAUGGGAUCUUUAUGAAAGUUGGUCAGAAUGUUCAUCUUGAUGAUAUCUAGGUCAAGUUCGAAACUGGGUCACGUGCCAUCAAAAACUAGGUCAGUAGGUCUAAAAAUAGAAAAACCUUGUGACCUCUCUAGAGGCCAUAUAUUUCAAAAGAUCUUCAUGAAAAUUGGUCAGAAUGUUCACCUUGAUGAUAUCUAGGUCAAGUUCGAAACUGGGUCACGUAGGGGUCAAAAACUAGGUCAGUAGGUCUAAAAAUAGAAAAACCUUGUGACCUCUCUAGAGGCCAUAUUUUUCAUGAGAUCUUCAUGAAUAUUGGUCAGAAUGUUUAUCUUGAUGAUAUCUAGGUCAAGUUCGAAACUGGGUCACGUAGGGUCAAAAACUAGGUCAUUAGGUCUAAAAAUAGAAAAACCUCGGACCUCUCUAGAGACCAUAUUUCUCAAUGGAUCUUCAUGAAAAUUGGUCAGAAUGUUCAUCUUGAUGAUAUCUAGGUGAAGUUCGAAACUGGGUCACGUGGGGUUAAAAACUAGGUCAGUAGAUCUAAAAAUAGAAAAACCUGGUGACCUCUCUAGAGGCCAUAUUUUUCAUGAGAUCUUCAUGAAUAUUGGUCAGAAUGUUCACCUUGAUGAUAUCUAGGUCAAGUUCGAAACUGGGUCAUGUGGGGUCAAAAACUAGGUCAGUAGAUCUAAAAAUAGAAAAACCUUGUGACCUCUCUAGAGGCCAUAUUUCUCAAUGGAUUUUCAUGAAAAUUGGUCAGAAUGUUCACCUUGAUGAUAUUCAGGUCAAGUUUCGAAACUGGGUCACGUGCGGUCAAAAACUAGGUCAGUAGGUCUAAAAAUAGGAAAACCUUGUGACCUCUCUAGAGGCGAUAUUUUUCAAUGGAUCUUCAUGAAAAUUGGUCAGAAUGUUUACCUUGAAGAUAUCUAGGUCAAGUUCGAAACUGGGUCACGUGGGUUUAAAAACUAGGUCAGUAGAUCUAAAAAUAGAAAAACCUUGUGACCUCUCUAGAGGCCAUAUUUUUCAUGAGAUCUUCAUGAAUAUUGGUCAGAAUGUUCAUUUUGAUGAUAUCUAAGUCAAAUUCGAAACUGGGUCACGUGGGGUCAAAAACUAGGUCAGUAGGUCUAAAAAUAGAAAAAACAUUGUGACCUCUCUAGAGGCCAUAUUUCUCAAUAGAUCUUCAUGAAAAUUGGUGAGAAUGUUCAGCUUGAUGAUAUCUAGGUCAGGUUCGUAACUGGGUCAUGUGCGGUCAAAAACUUGGUCAGUAGGUCGAAAAAUAGAAAAACCUUGUGACCUCUCUAGAGGCCAUAUUUUUCAUGAGAUCUUCAUGAAAAUUGGUGAGAAUGUUCACCUUGAUGAUAUCUAGGUCAAGUUUAAAAGUGGGUCACGUGCCUUCAAAAACUAGGUCAUUAGGUCAAAUAAUAGAAAAACCUUGUGACCUCUCUAGAGGCCAUAUUUUUCAAUGGAUCUUCAUGAAAAUUGGUCAGAAUUUUUUAUCUUGAUGAUAUCUAGGUCGUAUGUGCUCAAAAACUAGGUCACUAUGUCAAAUAAUAGAAAUAACGACGUCAUACUCAGUUGAGCACUGGGUCAUUUAGGGAUAGGUGAGCGAUUCAGGACCAUCAUGGUCCUCUUGUUUAUAAAAUUUGUGUAGUUUAUGGUAUUUCCUCAAGCUCAAGUAGAGACAUAUUUCAAGGUGGCGGCCUGUAUCCAAAAUGUUUGCAGAGAUUUCAUUAUAUCAUUAUUUUUUAUGAAAGAAUCAUCAAACUAUUGUUAAACAAUUAUAAAACUAAAAAAUAAAAGUGUCAGUAUCAUUUUUUUCUAGGGUGCCUCAAGUAAACGGAUUUAAUGAGACAGAAUUCUAUCUCAAACAUUGAAAAAUUAAGGCCAAAUCCUGCGGGUCUGUUUUGAAUUUUGCUCACUUCAUUCAAAAAUAACUGUGGGGCAGAAGUAAAACUUACCUAAAUUUCUUCCACAAUAUGUAAUCUAAAGAAUGAAGGCAAAAUAGAGAACUUUUACCGCACGUAACUCAGUAUUUUUAAAGAUGUCUAACUCUACCCCUUCUAUUUCAGAGGUAAAUUCACUUUGAACAGCAAGAAAUUGCUUAUCAAAUGAAUAUUUUCCAUUUUUGUACAAUAAAUCAAUAACAAGUCUUGAAAGAAGUAAAAACUUACUAGAAAAAAAGAAAAAUAAGGAAAAAAAAUUUUGGUCCCAGUGGGGCUUGAACCUACGGACCCCUGAAAAUCGCAGUCAAAGUAGGUUUAUGGUAGAAAUUGAAUACUCUUCAAAAAGGAGAUACUCUAUUAUGGGCCUAAUACCUUAAUUAACAUGAGAAGAAUUCCCAGUGUAAAUAAAUUUAGUUUUAAUCUAAAUAUGGACAAUCCAGAGCAAGAGAUUCCCUUUUUUCUGCUACCAAUACAUGGUUGUAAGCAUUUGUCUAGAAAUCCAUUGAUAUUUUUCACUGUCUUAUACAUGAGUGCGACCUAUACUCGUAUGAUUAUGGUACUGCGAGCACCUUUUCAUGAAAAUCUUACUUAUGGUCACAUUGUUACAGUCAGGUAUUACCAUAUGCAUAGACAUUUUGUUGUACCCCCCGACAACAAAGUUGUAAGGGGGGGUAUACUGGUUUCAGGUUGUCUGUCUGUCUGUCUGUCUGUCUGUCUGUCUGUCCGUCUGGUCGUCUGUCCGUAGACGCAAUCUUGUGCGCACCAUCUCUCCUUAUCCCCUUGACACAAUUUAAUGAAACUUCACACAAGUGAUCAGUACCAACAGUAGUUGUGUAUGGGGCAUGUUAGGUUAUUUUAGAAAAAAAAAUUGCAGAGUUAUGGGACUUUGUUUUUUGUUACUAUACUAUAUACAUAGACACAAUGUUGUGGGCACCAUCUCUCCUCAUUCCCUGGACACAAUUUAAUGAAACUUCACACAAGUGAUCAGUACCAACAGUAGUUGUGCAUGGGGCAUGUUAGGUUCUUUUAGAAAAUUUUUUUGCAGAGUUAUGGGACUUUGUUUUCUGUUACUUUACUAUAUACAUAGACACAAUCUUGUGCGCACCAUCUCUCCUCAUCCCCUUGACACAAUUUAAUGAAACUUCACACAAGUGAUCAGUAACAACAGUAGUUGUGCAUGGGGCAUGUUAGGUUCUUUCAGAAAAUUUUUUUCCAGAGUUAUGGGACUUUGUUUUUUUGUUACUAUACUAUAGACAUAGACACAAUCUUGUGCACACCAUCUCUCCUCAUCCCCUUGACACAAUUUAAUGAAACUUCACACAACUGAUCAGUAACAACAGUAGUUGUGCAUGGGGCAUGUUAGGUUCUUUCAGCGACAAAAAUUGCAGAGUUAUGGGACUUUCUUUCUUGUUAACAUACUAUGUACAUACAGUCUGCAUAUGCAAUCUUGUGCGUGCCUAAUCUACCAAACCCUUACACACAAUUUAAUGAAACUUCACACAAGUGAUCAGUACCAACCCUAGUUGUGCAUGGGGCAUGUUACAUUCCUUUAGAUAAAUAUUCUGCAUAGUUAUGGGACUUUGUUUUUUGUUACUAUACUGUAUACAUACAGUCUAUAUACAUACAGUCCACAUAACUAUGCAGUCUUGUGUGUGUCAAAUUGCAAUGUACUGUGUCAGUGCAUGCGGGGGGUACAUUCAUCACCUUUAGUGAUAGCUCUAGUUCAUUCUGUUGAAGAAAACACAAAGAAACUAGUCUCACAUCUUUAAAAUUUGUUCAAAAGCAGCUUUUUGUCAUAAGAUGACAUUUUCUUUUUUAAAAUAAUUAUUACUUCUCCCUGUAUGACUGUAAACUGGCCCUGUUAAAAUGACUUUUGAAGAUGAAAGUCCAAGGUUUUGUGUGUGUUUUUUUUUACAUUUAUUUCAGAUAUUUACAGUUUUAAUAGAUCUCUCUAUUGGAAAGGUCUUGAAAUUGGAGCAUAUAUCUGUUACACUAUUACAGUAAUCUGAUCCAUGACGGGGCCUCCAUGGUCGAGUGGUUCAGGUCACUGACUUCAUAUCACUUGCCCCUCACAGAUGUGGGUUCAAGCCUCACUCGGGGCAUUGAAUUUUUCAUGUGAGGAAGCCAUCCAGCUGACAUACAGAAGGUCGAUUGUUCUACCCAGGUGUUUGCCUAUAAUAAAAUAAUACUUGGAGGGGCACCUAGGGUGUUUCUCCACCAUCAAAGCUGGGAAGUCGCCAUAUGACCUAAAUUGUGUUGGUGCAACAUAUCAACAAAAACAAACUUAAUCCAUGUGAAAGACUUGUCUGUAUGGUUUGUGUUGAUGACUUUAGAUAUGCUUACAUAUGCAAAAUACUCCCUAGACAGACAUAAUCAGACUUGGAUCUCCAGAGUAUUUAUGUUUUGUGUGCAAUAUGUGUUGGAAUGAUCAUUAGUUGUGCCAUGUAAGUGAAAACGAAACAUUAAAAUUGAGCCGUGUCAUGAGAAAACCAACAUAGUGCCUUUGCAACCAGCAUGGAUCCAGACCAGCCUGCGCAUCUGCGCAUUCUGGUCAGGAUCCAUGCCGUUCGCUUUCAAAGCCUAUUGCAAUUAGAGAAACCAUUAGCGAACAGCAUGGAUCCUGACCAUAUUGCGCAGAUGCGCAGGCUGGUCUAUAUCCUUGCUGGUCGCAAACGCACUAUGUUGGUUUUCUCAUGGUGCGGCUCAAAUUUAGAGGAGAAAAAAAUCACUUGAAAAAAUGAGAUCUUGAUCCCUGUUUAGGUAACUUUUUAUGGUAAGCCUGACUAUAUUAAGAGUUGGUAGAACUCUUGUAAAUUUUGUAUGUAAGCUGGUAUCUGAGUGACCACAAACUGGGAAUGGAUUUAAACCUCACACACUUGUUCACUGUGAUAAUUUGACAUGUAGUGCGCAGGUUUCAAUACUCCUUUUUGCAUUUUCUUAAAAGUUAUGUCCCUUUUUUUGAUACAGAAUUUUUUGUUAAUGUUUUAAAUGUAAGUUGGAAUCUUAGUAACCACUAAGUGGGGAUGGAUUAAAACUUCAUACACUUGUUCUCUGUGAUAAUUUGACAUGCAAUGCAUAGGUUUCGUAACUCAGUAUUGCAUUUUAUUAAAAUUUUGACCCUUUCUGAAUUUGGCAAUUUUUGAUUAAGCUUUUGUUUAUAUGUAAGGUUCACACACUCAUUCACAUUAAUGAGCUGGUAUGAAAUGCAGUUGGUCAAAAAAUGUUGUUUAGGUGGACAAAUUUAUGUUUAAACAUAACAAUUUUUGAUGAAGUUUUUGCAUGUAGUCUGGUAUUUCAGUAAACACAAAUAGAGUAGAUUUUAACUUCAUCAUUUUGAUGAUCUUAUGUGAAUUUUGAUGAACUGAUGUGAAUUUUGAUGAACUGAUGUGAAUUGCACAGUUUCUUUAAGUCUGUUCUUGAUUUUAACAGAUAAAGCCACUUUUUGACAUUGUAUGUUGUGAUAAAAAUUUUCUAUUUAUGCUGAUAUCUCAUUUAGCAUUUUUAGAGAGAAGUGUUUUAUGACUCUAACUUAUGUUUAAGCAAAUUUUAUACGUACUAACUUCCGUGAAUUUAUUCAGUCGCAAGGAGGGUCUAUACAGUAAACUUGGCUUAUACAUUAAAUGAUAUUUUGAUGUGAUAGGGUCCUUGAAUAGUUAUACAAGGUACAUAAUACUUAAACUUUUGAACAAGUCUUUCAGUGUAAUAAUCUAUAUGAAUAAUCAACACUAAAGUGUUUUAAUGAUGUGCAGCAUUCCAAUUUUUGUUCUUUAUUAAUAAAGGAGAUAUGUAUCGUA